AUGUACUCACCGCCGACAGCAGAAGAGAUCCAAGAAAGACGAGCCCUUUUCGAAGAGUUCCUGCAGGGCCACGAGCAGCCGCCUAUUGAGGGAAACAAAAAGGAGGCCAUUGAAAAAGUGUUCUUCUUCAACGACCAGCAGUUUAGCGAGGUUUGCGAGGACCUAAAGGAGGAAAUCCUUCGAAGGAGCAAACAAGAAAAGCUUGAGUUUAUUUCCAAGUACACCCUAAAAAGAAACACAAUUCGAGAGCAGAUUUCCUUGCUGGAGGAGGACGAGCUAAAGUCUUUGGUGGAAGACACGUAUUUAGUGCUAAAGCACAAGCACGCGGAGGGCCCCGAAGACGAGCUGGAGUGCCUGAACGUGCUGGUCCAAAGCCUUGAGGAGAUCAUAGGAAAAAACACCGCCUCGUACAAGGGCACGCUCAAGAGCGAAGACUCUCCCUCCGCGAUUAUCAUUUCGGUCGAGAAGAUGAAGGACGAGCUUGAAAAAGAGGCGGAGGCAGAGAAAAAAAUAGAAAUUCUGCUCAGGAUGAUAGACAAGCAGGUGCCAGACCUAUGCAUUCAGGAGCUGCUGAGCAUGAUCCAAGGCCAGCUAGAUAUUAUUAAAGCCCAGAAGCAGAAGAUGGGAACAGAGCUGCACAGCCUCAGAAGCGAAAUCAACGAUUUGUAUCUGGAGAAGGAGCUUGAAACAGACACCACUGUGUACGAAGAGACACUCGAGUCGAUUCUGGAGCGAAUAGUCGACCACUUUUACGAAAUUGAGUACACAGUUGACAAGGUUGGCGUUGCAGAAAUUCAGAAGCAUCUGGACCUUCUGAACGAGGAGAGAAGAAAGAUUCUGCAGAUAACAAACAACGCACAGAUCGAAGAAGUGGGCGACCUGAAGCAAAUAAAGUCAAAAGAAGAGCUUUUGAGCCAAAUCACCAAAUAUUACACCGCCAUAGCAACCGCGAUAUCUAAUUAG